GGGGAGACCCGGCCCAAGGGGCGGGCGCCCAAGGGCUGGGCGGGGUUCCCCGCUGCCUGUCCCGGGUGACAGGGGGAGGAGCUGGCUGCGAGAGCGAGGGUCCUGCUGGCCGAGGGUGCAGGGUCUGCGGCCGGGGAAUAGCCGUAGAGUAGGCCCCGGUGACGCCGCCAGCCCCUAGGGGACGGAAGCCCUAGUGUUGGGAUCCCGUGCUUGCCGGUUCCCCAGCCCUGACCUGGACUGGGCUUGGGGCUGGGUGGGUUUCACAGACCACCCGUGUCCACUAUGCUCCUGGAAGAAGUCUGCGUAGGCGACCGGCUGAGUGGCGCAGCGGCCCGUGGGGACGUGCAAGAGGUGCGCCGCCUCCUGCACCGUGAGCUGGUGCAUCCUGACGCCUUGAACCGCUUUGGCAAGACGGCCUUGCAGGUCAUGAUGUUUGGAAGUCCAGCGGUUGCUCUGGAACUUCUGAAGCAAGGUGCUAGCCCCAAUGUCCAGGAUGCCUCUGGUACCAGUCCAGUGCAUGAUGCAGCUCGCACUGGGUUCUUGGACACCCUGAAGGUCCUGGUGGAGCAUGGUGCCGACGUCAACGCGCUGGACAGCACUGGGUCGCUCCCCAUCCAUCUGGCCAUACGAGAGGGCCAUAGCUCCGUGGUCAGCUUCCUGGCUCCUGAAUCAGAUCUCCAUCACAGGGACGCUGCAGGUCUCACUCCCCUGGAGUUGGCUCGGCAGAGAGGGGCUCACCAUCUCGUGGACAUCCUCCAGAGGCACAUGGUGAUCCCAAUGUGACCCACGGUCACUGACUUCAGCCAGGGAGCCUCACUGGGUUACUUGUCAACCAAGGAGAAGAGAAACUUUCUCUUUUCACUCCCAGCCAUUGAUGAAGGGAGUGGGAGGAGGAGCGGUCUGUGGUUUACUGGUGUUGAUUUCUUGAGUGUGUGUGUUUGGGGGAUGUUUCUCAUUUGUUUUUCUCACCCCUUUGGUGUGUUGGACAGAGAAGGGGCUCCUACAGGCAACAGCCACCUAAAAAAAAAAAA